AAAAAACAAUUAAAUAAAGAAAAUAAAUUAAAUACUCUCCUCAAAAACUUGCUGCUGUCAUCAGAUCCAGAUGCCCCGUCGCUGUGAUUGCCGUUUAUGCAGAAGCAAACACAACAAUCAGGAGAGUGAUUCUGAUUCACAGGUUUGCCGCGAGGCGUGGGCUCCCCAAGAGGAUUUACUGCGACAACGCGACGAAUUUCGUGGGAGCCAGCAGAGAGCUGAGGGAGCUUCAGGAGAAGUUCCUAGCAGGCCGAGAAACCGUGGAGGAAUACGCUGCCUCGUUGAACGUGCAGUUCAGCUUCAUUCCUCCGAGGGCGCCUCAUUUCGGAGGGCUGUGGGAAGCUGCCGUAAAACAGGCGAAGUUCCUGCUUCUACGAGCUGUCGGCAAAGUGCUGCUGACGCAAGAAGAGAUGGUCACAGUGCUCGUAGAAGUAGAGGCGGUGCUAAACAGUCGCCCCAUAGCACCGCUGUCUCCAGACCCCAACGACGGAGAAGCUCUGACACCCGGGCACCUACUAAUCGGAGCGGGUCUGCGUUCGCUGCCGCCAGAAUCCGUCGGAGAAGACAGCGACAACAAGGAGAGGUACUGCAAGCGCUGGCAGAUGCUCUCCGCUCUCAAGCAGAGGUUCUGGCGGGCUUGGUCGAGGGAUUACGUCCUAGGACUACAGGACAAGGCCAAGUGGCACAAUCCCCAGCCCAACAUAGAGGUCGGUCAACUAGUCCUCGUGCACGAGGACAAUCUGCCACCUCAAGAGUGGGUAACCGGCCGAAUACUCAACGUCACCGAGGGACAAGACGGAAAGGUCAGGGUGGCGGAAAUAAAAACAAAGACGGGCACAUUUAA